AAUCUGCAGAGAGAAGGUGGGGGAGACACUGCCUUGUGUCCCGGUGGUCCAGACUGGCUGACCCCUAGGGCUGGGCGACCCAUUACAGUAUAUAUGAGCAUGCAGUGGAGCGACACGUCCUCUGCUACUACAGCCUCCCCUUAUCUCCCUACCCUGUGUCUUGUGAGUGCCCUCUUACUGUGCUCCUCACUAUCAGCCCCGCAGACCCCUCUUCCAAAAAUAAUGUGGGUCCAGUUUGCCCCCCUCAAGAUCCCAAUGAGCAGGAGGCUGCAGACGGCCGCUGUUUUACAGUGGACAGUGUCGUUCCUGGCGAUGGCUCAGUGCUGCAUCAUUAUAUGCAUCCUCCUGGUUUGCUCGCAAUACUGGUCCCUGGUUCUUCUGUAUACCGUCUGGCUGUAUGUAGACUGGGACACCCCAUCCCAAGGGGGUCGGAGGUCGGAGUGGGUGCGGAGGUGGACCGUGUGGAAGUACUUUGCUGAUUACUUCCCGAUCAAACUGGUACGGACGGCCCCAUUGGACCCAGGCUACAAUUACAUCUUUGGAUUCCAUCCUCAUGGGGUUCUUGUGGUUGGUGCAUUUGGGAAUUUUUGCACAGAGGGAACAGGAUUCUCCAGUCUCUUCCCAGGUAUCACUCCCCAUCUCCUGAUGCUGCCAGCCUGGUUCCGGAUCCCCUUCUUCCGGGAGUACAUCAUGAGUGGCAGUCUGGUGUCCUCCGACAAGGGCAGUGCCUCUCACCUCCUCUCACAGAAGGCUGGAGGGCAGGCUUUGGUGAUUGCAGUUGGAGGUCCUCCUGAGGCUCUGGAUGCAAAGCCUGGAGAGUUGACCCUUCGACUACUGAGGAGGACUGGCUUCAUUAAGCUGGCCCUGACCCAUGGAGCUCGCCUCGUCCCAGUUUUAUCAUUUGGGGAAAACGACCUCUACUAUCAGGUGAGCAACCCUCCAGGAUCGUUGCUCCGGACCAUGCAGGAAAAGAUGCAACGGAUUGUGGGACUUGCAGUUCCCUUGUUCCAUGGGCGCGGUGUGUUCCAGUACAGCUGGGGGCUGCUCCCACACAGAAGACCAGUGUAUACUGUGGUGGGGUCUCCUAUCCCGGUUGUGAAAUCGCCCUCCCCCUCUGCAGAGGAAAUCUCAUCUCUACAUUCUCUCUAUAUCAAGAAACUGAAGGAGCUCUUUGAGGCUCACAAGACUGAGUAUGGAAUUCCGAAAGAACGCCAGCUUGUGCUGUGCUGAGACACCUACGAUGAUGAUGUGAAAUAGGUAUCUUAAUCUACAACAUUAUGGUAUGCUGCGCAAUCUAUGGAGCUUAUAGGGGCCGCAGAAAAGUCCUGGAGGACCUCAUUGUGUCCAUGACUCUGUCCAUGAUGCCCUCUAAGAAGGCGGCUUGGGAUGUACCGUAUAGUCCACCUUUCGCUGGUGGUUUUACGUAAGCAUACAGGAAGCCGCUGACACCCUGUGCCGCUCAUCACAAGUUAGGCUGCGCCCGCCAGUUGUUUUUCGCUACAUUGGCAGUUUUUCCCAUAGACCUGAUGAACAACUAGGCCUGAUUCAGCGGUGGAUGCAAAUUAAGUCUUUGUAUGCAGUGCAGCGGCGAAUUAAUGCGGCAGCAGAUGGAUGUGUUCGCCGUUGACACUGCAUUAUCUCUUAAUCAGGCCCUUUUCAUGAGGGGAUCUGGAAAAUAUGCACUGUUAGCCGUUCAGGAACGCAUUUGAAAAAUCAUUGCUUAUGUACUGUUGUUGUUUUUCCGCUCGUGUAUAAAUUCUUGCACCAAUUAUAAAAAGUGAGGGGGACAGUAACACUAUUAGUGAGACAUGCUUUGCACGCAACAUUUGGGGGUCCAGAUGAAUCUGAGACAGACCGAAACGGCUUUCCUGUCUCUACCAAGAACAUCAGGGUCAGGAAGAGCUCACCUGGUGCCAGAUGUGAUCCGGAACCGCCAAGUGGAAUACCAGGAUUGCACUGCCUGUUAUCUCUGACCGCAGACACUUGUAUAUAUAAACAUUCCCGGAAAUUAUCACUGUAUUACCAGUCACACAGCGUAAGGAGGAAGCGUUCUCUGAUUUGUUAUGGAGAUGGAAAUAAAAUCUAUUUUUGGAAAUGA